AUGGUAUUGAAAGCGGUGAAAAGGGUAUUCUAUCGAAUCGUGAGUCGCGGUUGCGGCAUCACAUGGAAUCGAGUGAUGAGAUUUGUCACUUUUUCCCUGCUUACAAUCACGCUUUUCGUCUUUUUCUCACAGUCCCUUUCUGAGGCGAUUCCGGUCGAUGGUGGAUUGGCGCUUGACCCAAAUCGAACUCUUUUAACUGGGGAUGAUCCUCCAGUCGGGAAUAGCACUCUUGAGCAAAAAGGGGCUGCUAUUGUUGGAAAUGAAGCCGAAGAGAAGAAGCGAUCACUGGCAAUCUUCUUCAUCCUUUUCGUCAUCGUUUUGGCAACAUUAAUCGUUCAUUUGUUGAUCAUCACAAAUUUUCACUAUAUUCCGGAAAGUUUAGCGAUUGUGAUUCUAGGCGCUACAAUCGGUUUCGUUCUCUCGUACACAUCUCGAGAUUGGUCUGAGAUUGAGGCUUUGUCACCGGAUAUUUUCUUUCUUGUCCUCCUACCGCCAAUCAUUUUCGAAAACGCAUAUAAUUUAAAUAAGGGGUACUUCUUCUCUAACAUCUGGCCAAUUUUGACGUUCGCUAUUCUCGGCACAGCGUUGUCUUCAUUUGUGAUUGGGCUAGCUGUUUAUAUCUUGGGACAGGCUUCUCUCGUUUACCCAUUGACAAUCUUCGAGAGUUUCGCUUUUGGCUCAAUGAUCAGUGCGGUUGAUCCAGUGGCUACGUUAGCGAUCUUUCAAGCGGUUAAGGUCGAAGGCCUCUUGUACAUGCUGGUUUUUGGUGAAUCGAUGCUGAAUGACGCUGUGUCGAUUGUGUUGACGGCGACGGCCAUUCGUCAUUCCCAUCCACCGUUCUCCUCCCUUCCACCAAUGCAAAUCCUUUCCUCGGCUGUGGCAACUUUCUUGAUCAUGUUCACUGUGUCGGCUUUACUUGGCGCAGCAAUUGGGCUAUUAUCAGCUUUGUUAUUCAAACACGUUGAUCUUCGCCGAACUCCAUCAUUAGAAUUGGCGUUGUUGAUGGUUUUCGCAUAUAUUCCUUAUGGUUUAGCUGAAUCGUUGUCACUUUCUGGUAUCAUGGCAAUACUCUUUUGCGGAAUCACAAUGUCUCAGUACACCCAGAAUAACAUCAGUCCGGUCACACAAAUCACGAUGCGACAAACGUUUCGAACAGUUUCUUUCGUCGCAGAGACAUCAACAUUCGCCUAUUUGGGUAUGGCUUUUUUCACGAUAAAACUCAACUUUCAACCAUCAUUUAUCUUUUGGUCAGUGGUACUUUGCCUUGUCUCUCGAGCUUGUAAUAUCUUUCCUCUAUCUUGGCUUGUGAAUAAAUGCCGUCGUGAGGUUCAAAUCUCGACGAAAAAUCAAAUUAUUAUGUGGUUUAGUGGAAUGCGAGGUGCUGUCUGUUUCGCGCUGGCUCUUUAUCUGGACAUUGAUAAAGAAACGAAAAGCGUUCUCCUUACAACAACUCUUUUUUUGAUUCUCUUCACAAUCAUCUUUUUAGGAGGCUCCGCUCUUCCCUUCAUCAAUCACAUCAACGAUAUGUAUCCAGAUAAACUCAAAUUAGGACGAAAAAGAAAAAGACAAGAAAAUGGGAGAGAAAGGAGGGGAAGCGAGAGUGGAAGUGGGACAGCUGGAGAGAAUAUUCAGAUGGGAAAUGGUGGUGGCAGAGCGAGGAGUGGAAGUGCGAUCGAGAGGAGGAGAAGAGCGAUUUUGCUGUCGAAGACACAGGAAAUGUCACUCUUCGGUAGCCAAGAUUGGAGCUCAUCAAUCAAGAAACCAAAUCCAGUUGAUGAUCGACCAACAAUGAUCGGAAAUUUGAUGAGAAAUCUGUUUGUGAGGAGAUUCACGCAUCAAGAACGAGAAGAGCACAAAGAAAAGCUUCGUCUCCUCACAGAGCAAGCGUUAGAGAAUGAUUCGUGGACAGACAAUGGAGAAGAUGGAGAGAUUGGAGGGGAUUUUGAGGGAAAAGGGUUAUUGGAGAAUGAAAUUGUA